AUGAUGGACCGUUUCCGGAUGAUCUUCCAGUACUUCCAGUCCAACUCGGAGUCUGUAAUGAAUGGGAUCUGUGGGCUGUUAGCCCUGGCUAGCGUAAAGAUAUAUACUUGCUUUGACUUCAGCUGCCCCUGUCUGCCCUGGUACAACAUGGCAUAUGGCUUGGGGAUCAUGUUCGUACCGCCCAUCACCCUUUUCAUCUGCGGCCUCAUCCUCAACAGACAGUCCCUGGUGAUGCUGGAGGAGUGGAGGCGACCACAGGGGCACAGAAAGAAGGACCUAGCUGUCAUCAGGUACAUGUGUUUCUCCAUCAUGCAGCGAGCCAUGGUCGCCCCUGUCGUCUGGAUUGUAGUCACCCUCCUGGAUGGCAAAUGCCUGAUCUGCGCUUUCAGCAGCUCUGUGGAUCCCGAGAAGUUUGUGGGCUUCGCCAACAUCGGUCCGGUGCAGGUGCAGCAGCUGCUGGCCAAGGUGCCUUGCAAGGACGACGAGCUCAUGAGGAAUAACACGUCCCGCAAGGCAGUGUCCAGGUACCUGCGCUGCUGGUCCCAGGCACUUGGCUGGAGCAUUUUGUUGAUCCUUAUUGUAGCAGUUUUCCUCGCCCGCUGGCUCAGACCUUGCUUCAACCAGGCCACCCUCCUGCAGGCACGUCACUGGAGCAACUACAUUGACAUCGAGCAAAAGAUUUUUGAGGAAACCUGCUGUGAGCACAGCCGGCUCUUUGCUCACAAAUGCAUCCUCCAUUUCUUCAAAAGCAUGCGGCAAGAGAUCAAACUGCACAGCUUCAGCUUGCCUAGGCAGGGAGAGGGGGCUGAAGGAGGGGAGGAUCUUCUCCGGGGCAUCACAGAUCAGGACCAGGUGAAUAAACUUCUGAAAAUGUGGUACUAUGAGAAACCUCCCCUGGAUAUCAGCCGGGUGACCCAGAGGCACCCUCUGGAGCGAGAGAGAUCCUCUCUGCCCUGGGCAGACAGUCCCAGUACCCCGUCCAAAUUCCUCCAGCACACUGACGUGUAAAGGGGGCUUUGCUUUGCAGACGCUGAAGAGGCACUGCCAUACCUCUGCACAAAGCAAGGACCAGCAGGUAGAAGACAGUGGUGCUCACAUCUUCCUCCAAAACCCCAACCCCAAAGGCUCCAGGGCAUGCCUAGCAAAACCUCCAAAAUAAACAACCUCUGAAGAUCCAAAGGUCCCAGACUCAGUCACUGUUAAUGACAUUUCUCAACCAAGGACUCUGCGUAGCACUUUUGUCAUAUUAAAGAGUCUGCAGCUCCUUACAGCUGUGAUAAAACCCUUCUGGCUCAAGGAAGGAUUUAACCAAGGCAGCAACAUCUGGCUGCGUACGCAAACUGACUGGAGCAGGAGCUUCACAGAGGUGUGAGGAGCUCCUGCCCAUUUCAGCGAAACCUGGUUCAGAGAGUUAGCAGUGCUGACACUGAAAUGAUUUAAUUGGCAACUCUUUUAGUACCACAC